AUGGCCCCCCUAGGAAGAUCUUCCUCCCAGGUACCGAGGACGGCGCCAUCAACGGCAUUACUAGCUUCACUCCCUUCACAAGUAUCGCGUAACCCACUAGGAAGCUUCCUCCUCCUCCUCUUAGCAGCAAUCCUCGCCUCCCACGUCCAACACCACUACCUCGACGUCUUCCCGCGACCCUACCUCGACUUACACCCCUCCACCACCGGCUCGCAGCGCUUCUCCGCCAACAAAACCGCCUUAACCAUCCACCCCAACCCGUACACCACGCACAGCACCCCGCAACUCCUGCACAUCGCCACGAUCCUCCCGCCCGACUGGCGCCUCAUCUUCCUCGGCGCCUCCGACAUCGUGCAAGACAUGCGUUCCAACGACCGCGUAGCCGACAUGGUCUCGAGCGGCAAGCUGAGCGUCCUGGAGGUGGAGACAUGGACCGACACGUGGCUGCGCAAAGACAUCGCCGACGUGCACAGCGAGCCCGAGAUCCGGAACCGGCUGCUGACCGACGUGGCGUUUUACGACGAGGUCCUGCCCGGCGUGGAAUGGCUGCUGUACUUUGAUGAGCGGGCCAUGCUGUGCGCCAACGCAAAUGGGUCCGUGGAGGACUUCAUGCUGCAUUAUGAUUGGGUUGGGGCGCCUUUAACCCAAGACGAGCGCUGGGGCGGCCUCGGCACGCUCUCGCUUCGCCGCCUCCCGCGCCUCCGCGAAGCCCUCGUCGCGCAGACACGACAGCACGACUUCAACCAGCAGGAAGACGGGUGGAUGGUAGGACGACUGGCCGCGCUGCCGGAUCCAAAGCCCACGCCGGGCGAGGUCAGCAGGACCUUUGUCGUCGAGCGCGUCUGGUACGACAAGCCGCUGGGCUACCAUGUUCCGCACGACAUGGGGCCCGGGGCGCAUAUGGAGGUGUGGGGGAAUGAUGAGAGGAGGAAGCGCAUCUUUGGGUAUUGUCCGGAGCUGAAGAUCGUGACGCCCAUGCGGUUGGAGUCGGAGCGGUGCAAGGAUGGAGAUUGA